AUGUAUAAACCUGCACCUCCAAGGCCAAAGAAAACCAACAUCGUUCGGUCGCGGAACGGCUGCAAGGGCUGCCGUGAACGGCGCACUAAGUGCGACGAGAAAACGCCAGUAUGCGGCACGUGCGCUAGACUGGGGAAACCCUGCGAAAAGGUCAAACCCGAGCUGAAGUUUCACGUUGUGACUGGCCCGACACGCGCGACAACGGCGCCCAGUGCCGAGGCCCAGACUUCCGAAAGGCAGGUCUCUAUAGCGGCCUCCGACUCACGCCGUGAUCUCCCAACACCGAAUGGCAGCCUUAUCCGCUCACUUAAGCAUACCGAGCGAGAUGUCUUUUACUCGACGUACUGGGAGGAUCGCUGCCUACCUGCGCUACCCCCCAUGUUCCACGCGAUUUCGGGGCUGCUCGAUUUUGCACCCUUGAAAGGGGCGGUUCUUGCUCUAUCGGCGUGCAAUAUUAGCCGCAUACAAGCGGAGAGGAAGUCAUCGGCAAGCAUGACAAGCUCCAGCGUGUAUCAACCGAGUUUGCAACAUCAGACGCGGAGUCAGCUGUACUAUUCUUCGGCAAUCAAGAACUUCACAGCACUCACUUCGCAGGACUAUCAGCAUAACCUUCGGUUGGUCUUAGCCAUCCUUGUGACUUUUGGCUACAUAGAGUCAUCUAUGGGUAAUUUUGAUGGUUUCUACUGCCAUGUGCAGGGUUUAUCAGGGUUCCUUGUGGAGCUGCGACAAUACACGGAGGACCCAAUCAUCAGGGAUUUGCUCGCAGCGUGGUUCCAAUCACAGUUCCUUGUUUGGUGGGCGCGCACCUAUUUCAGCUCUUUGGCUGUGCAGCGGCAAUUACCGUCGAUCCAUCUACCCGCGGUACUGUGUCAGUCCCCUGGGUCCCUUCACGAACGGAGAGCAGUGGUAUUGGGCAUUCUCUGUGAAUCCCAUCUAGUGAACACGAAAGAGACACUUGGACAUUGGGACCAAUCCGAGCUCUGGUCGGUGACACUGCCAGAGAGUUCUCAUGAUGAAACGAAACCGCUCUGGAUAGCGCAAUUAGAAGAUGCGUCCAAGAGACUGGACACGUGGGUUCUCAACUUACCGCCAUCAGAGCAUCCCAUCAAAGCCGAAACCUCGUCAACAUCACAUAUCCUAUUCAAGUCUCAUGAUGCGGCUCUCAAUUUCGCUUACUAUGCAACGGCCCGCAUAAUGCAGUGUCUAUCAUUCUUGUACAGCCUUCAGACAAAUGACACGCAAGGCAUUCUAAACGGAUGCUUUGAAACCGAAAGAUGGAUCUCCCUCCUACUAGAUAUCGCCCGAGGCGUCGAUCUGCAUGCCUCCAUCACCAUGAAUACCUAUACAAUUGGCUUUUCCAGCCUGUUGCUUGCCGCGUCUCUUCGGUGUCAGGAUCUGUCACUUGGGAUGAAGAUUGAGCAGUGGUUACAGAAUUUGGAAAGUAUCCAGCCGACAGAAGAAGGUGCAUUCCCUGUCUACCAGACUCUUGCUGUCGUCAAAGCGAUCAAUCGACAAAGAAUGCUUGGGCGUGAUAUAUUCGGUGUUUCACAGCCGGUGGAUGAUGGGGGUGGGACUCCGAAAUUCCACGGAUAUAACAGCCAAAUGAUCCGCAGUCUUUUGAUGCAUGGCAGAUGCAGAUUUUCGGGUGAAUUUUUCACGGAAGAUAUGGAACUUGAUAUCUGA